AGUUUAGUUAGCAAACCGCUAAGACGUUUCCCUCUCUCGUGUAAACUAGUGGCUGCAACAGCAUUAUCGAAUCGGAAUAGUGUACAUACACCAGGUUUUUUUUUGUUUUGUGAUAAAAUACAAUUUUAUAGUAUAGAAAAGAAAGAAAAAAAAAAACAACAACAAACAAAUAUGUCGGGUACAAAUUUUAAAAGUUUAGAAGAAUGUCUGGAAAAACAUAUACCAGCCGAUGAAUUGAAAGAAGUUAAGCGUAUACUCUAUGGCAGAUCUGAUGACAAUGUUCUCCCACUACCCAUGGAAGCCACAAAGCUUGCAGCUGAGCAUGGCUUUGAGCUUAAGGCAUAUCGCAUUGGAGCCAAACAGGAACAAAUGCGUAAACCACGCUUAGUCAAGGUGGGAGCAAUACAAAAUUCUAUUGUUUUACCCACAGAUGCUCCAUUGGAGAAACAACGUGAUGCCAUAUGGCAAAAGGUCACCACUAUGAUAAAGGCAGCUGCUGCUGCAGGAGUGAAUGUGGUGUGCAUGCAAGAAGCCUGGACCAUGCCCUUUGCCUUUUGUACCCGCGAAAAAUUCCCCUGGUGUGAUUUUGCUGAAGAAGCCGAACAUGGACCCACCACCAAAAUGCUGCAAGAGUUGGCCAAAACCUAUAACAUGGUUAUCAUUUCAUCCAUAUUGGAACGUGAUGUGGAGCAUGGCGAUACCAUUUGGAAUACAGUAGUGGUGAUUUCUAAUCGCGGUCGUUACUUAGGCAAGCAUCGCAAGAAUCACAUUCCCCGAGUGGGAGAUUUCAAUGAAUCAACCUAUUAUCUGGAGGGCAAUACCGGUCACCCUGUAUUCGAAACGGAAUUUGGUAAAAUUGCCAUUAACAUUUGCUAUGGUCGCCAUCAUCCUCAAAAUUGGAUGAUGUUUGGUUUGAAUGGUGCCGAAAUUGUUUUCAAUCCUUCGGCCACAGUGGGUGCCUUGAGUGAACCUUUGUGGUCGAUUGAGGCUAGAAAUGCUGCCAUUGCCAAUAGUUAUUACACAGUGGCCAUCAAUCGAGUGGGCAAUGAGGAAUUCCCCCAUGAGUAUACAUCGGGUGAUGGUCGGGCAGCCCACAAAGUAUUUGGACCAUUCUAUGGUUCCAGUUAUGUGGCAGCACCAGAUGGCAGCAGAACACCGGGUCUUUCCCGCGACCAAGAUGGCUUAUUAAUAACUGAAAUAGAUUUGAAUCUAUGCCGGCAAAUCAAAGAUUUCUGGACAUUCCGCAUGACCCAAAGGCUGGAUUUGUAUGCCGAGUCCUUUAAGCGUGCCUCCCAAUUAGAUUUUAAGCCACAAAUUAUUAAGGAAUAAGAGUUGUAAACAACAUUUAGAGAAUAAGUAAAUUAAAAAAUAAACCAAAUAUUUCAUAA